AUGGAAAGCCCUCCAGGAACACUCCCAGAAACCCAGAUAGACGGCCCAGAUCCGCCCAACUCCACAGAAAUCUCCGAUCAUGAUCUUCGGACUGAGCUCGAGUCCCUUCGCCAGUCGCACCAGAGCCUCCUAUCAAAGGCGGCGGCCAUGGAGGAAGACUUUAACCUCGUCCAGAAGCAGAGAGACGAGGCCCUGGCUCACAACGCCGACCUAGUCAAAGUCAUCGGAGAAAUUUCCGGCGAAAGAGACUCUCUCCGAGACGAAAUUCACGGGCUUGAAGCUUCUCUGAGAGAAAGUGAAGAUGGGUUUGCGUCAAAAAUCGAUGAGGAGUUGAAAACGAAGGAGGUGCUUGAACAUGAGGUUCAAGUUUCUAGGGAGACAGUUGAAAGAUUGGAGCUUGAGAGGAAAGAGAGAGAUGAGUUUUUGUUGAAGUGCUUGGAUGCCGUCCAGUCGACCAAGGAGGGCCUAAUUGGAAUAAUUGAUGGUGUUGGUGAUGAAAAGGUUGAGAAUGGGGUUGAACAAGUUGAGGGGACGAGUGAAGAAUCACAACUAGACCUAGAAUGGAGGGCAGUUUGGGAAGAGAUUAUGGCGGUUACGAGCCUAGCGGCUUCAGCUGCAGUGAAGGUGAAUGAGUACAAGGAAUUGAGGAGCAAAGAGAAGAAGGAAUUGGAGAAUAGUGUGGUGAGUUUGACAGAGGAGAACAGGGACAUCAGUAGCUUGCUUAGGAUCGCUUUGGUGGAGAAGGAAGCUAUGGAGAGAAGGUUGAAAGGAAACAGCGAGCAGAAGAGGGUGGCCAUUUUGCAGAUUGCAGAGAGAGGUUUGCAGAGAGUUGGGUUUGGGUUUAUGAUGGGAAGUGGGAGCAAUGAACAGUCACUGGAGAGUUCAGGGGAUAAGUUGGAUGCUACGGGGUCUACCACAGGAAGUAAAUCAGAUAGUAGUGAAUGUGAAGAGGGGGUUGUCAGUCUGGCAUCGACUGUAGAGAAGAUAAUGAAGAACCUACGGCUUGAAAUCACUCAACUGAGAAGAUCUCUGGAAGAAUCUAGGUCAGACACUGAGCGUCUACAGAGUCUCACAGAAAAACAAGCUCAAGAAAUUGCAGAAAACGUGCAGUACAUCAAAGAGUUAGAGGAUAGAGAGAGGCUGUUAACUCAAAAUGUUGAGGAACUCCUGAUCGAAAUAAAAGAAAGUGAAGCGGAGGUUGCUAGAUGGAGAGAAGCUUGUGAGUUAGAAGUUGAAGCUGGGAAAAAUGAGAUUGGAGAACGUGAGAAAGUGAUCGCCAUCCUGAAGCAGGAAUUGGAGAAGACCAAGGCUGCUUUGGACAUAUCAAAUGGCAAACUAAAGCUGAAAGAAGAACUCGCAGCAACGGCCAUGGCGGCGCAGGCAGCAGCUGAGAGGUCCCUGCAGCUGGCUGACAGUAGGGCGGCAGGGCUGCGUCUGCGGAUAGAGGAACUAUCAAGACAAGUAGAAGAAGCAGAGAGCAGAGAGCGCAAUAACAGAAGGGUGAGACGCAUAUGUUGGCCAUGGCGACCCCUGAAAGUGAACCCUAAUGCACAAAACAGAGUUGGGGCUGUAAGACGAUUGCUACCAGAAAUGCAAGCCUUGCUUAAUUAUAGUGGGUGA